UAGUUCAACCUAACUUCAUUUUCCCUGUUCUCUCUCUUCCCCUCUCCGGUUUCUCUCCUUCCCCUCUCUGUUUCUUCUCUGGGCACGAAAUUCAAACUUCCUGCACACACCGCACUGUUGUUCCCCCACCGCCGCAUCGCCGCAGAUGUUCCCCCACCGCUCACCGUUGUUGUUCCCCCACUGUUGCGUCCCUGCUGUUCCACACCGCCGCGUCGCUCCUCAUUGUAUCUUAUAGGAGGACACCCCGUACAUCAAUCAUUAGCUUUCUUAAAUUUUUUCGAAGAAGUUCAGCGGGAAUGGGAGAUGCACUAAGAAGUUCAGGAGGACAUCCAGUAAUGCCGAGGUGCACAAAGGUGACAUUUCUACGAGUUGUUCACCAGCAGCUUGCUCUAGAAUUCUGGGAUGCCCAGACUGUGCAGUACACUGUUCACCAGCAGUUUUCGAUAUGCUCCUCUACGACCAUUUUCGACUUAGGUAUUGGAAAAACUGUCAAAGAGAAAGUCUGUGUUCAUACUAGCCGUGGCAUACGCAGCAUCGCAAGCCAGUUGGUUAACAUGUGGAUUGAGGUUUUCCGUAAGGAGAAGACUACUAAUGGUGGCUUGAAGUUAUUGAGACACAUGAAAAAUUCAGCAUAUACAUGUGCAGCAUUCUGCAGCUGGAAAUAAGGUCAAUCCGAGCUCAAAGAAGCUAGCUGUAAAGCAAGUGAAACUGGAAACUGGAUUUGGCUCAAAAAUAGAUGCUCGAUCAUCAGCAUCACAAGUUUCAAACGGCGGACCAGGUAACAAGUUAGAGGAAGAUGGGAACGUUCCGUUGUCUGAAGAAGAACAAGUUGCUCUUGCAGCUGCAGAUGCUGCUCCUGCUGCUGCUGUAGCGGCUGCUGAGGUUUGUUACCUUCCCAUCAUUUAUGCUUUAAAUCAGCUAAUAAAUGCAAACUUAAUCAGCUUAUUAAUGAAACUUACUAUAAGGAUACGGAAAUGACAAUGACAAGAACUUUGAGUAGGAAAUUAGAAAGGAAUACUUCAACUGUGUAUUUAUUUUAUAAAGAUAUAACCUUGUUUAGCAACUAAUACUUCCUCUAUUCUUUUUUUGGUUGACGCACUUUAUUUUGGCACACAUAUUAAGAAAAGGUGACAAAGGAAGGUAAUAGACAAACACCCCUAUAUUAAACAUGUAAAGGGUUUAAAAUAAUUAUUUAGGUUCAUUAGUUAAAAGUUGUGACAGAAAUAAGGCAAUUUAGUCAAAAUGUGACCUAUAAUGAUCAAACGAGUCUUAAAUGUGCAUAACGCUACCAAAAUAGGUGAUAAAGAGUCUUUGAAACAUAAAAAUAAGUGUAUUAAACUUGUAAAGGGUUUAAAAUAUUUAUUGAAGUUCAUUAGUUGAAAGUUGGGACCGAAAUAAGCCAUUUUAGUCAAAAUGUGACCGAUAAUGAACUAACGAGGCUUAAAUGUGCAUAACUUUACCAAAAUGGGUGAGAAUGAGUCUUUUAAACAUAAAAAUAAGUGUAUUAAACAUGGAAAGACUUUAAAAUACUCAUUUAAGUUCAUUAGUUGAAAGUUAGGACCGAAGUUAGCCAGUUUAGUCAAAACGUGACCGAUAAUGAACUAACGAAGCUUAAAUGUGCAUAACUUCACCAAAAUGGUGAGAAUGAGUCUUUGAAACAUAAAAAUAAGUGUAUUAAACAUGGAAAGACUUUAAAAUACUCAUUUAAGUUCAUUAGUUGAAAGGUGGGACCAAAAUUAGCCAUUUUAGUCAUAAUGUGACCGAUAAUGAACUAACGAGGCUUAAAUGUGCAUAACUUCACCAAAAUGGGUGGGAAUGAGUCUUUCAAACAUAAAAAUAAGUGUAUUAAAUAUGGAAAGACUUUAAAAUACUCAUUUAAGUUCAUUAGUUGAAAGUUGGGACCAAAAUUAGCCAUUUUAGUCAAAUUGUGACCGAUAAUGAACUAACGAGGCUUAAAUGUGCAUAACUUUAUCAAAGUGGGUGAGAAUGAGUUUUUGAAACAUAAAACUAAGUGUAUCAAACAUGAAAACACUUUAAAAUACUCAUUUAAGUUCAUUAGUUGAAAGUUGGGACCGAAAUUAGUCAUUUUAGUCAAAAUGUGACCGAUAAUGAACUAACGAGGCUUAAAUGUGGAUAACUGCACCAAAAUGGGUGAGAAUGAGUCUUUCUGUGAGGGGGUCGAAAAAGCGCGAGGCUAAUGCGUGACCUUGUCCCUCGUGGGUGUGACGAUUCUUUUUAUUCAAUCAAGUGUAAUUGGAUUUCCUGUGAGUAUACACCCAAUUGACUAGUAAUAUAGGAGUCGCCAUUCAGUUUUUAACGACAAUGAGAAAAACUGACAAAACCCGGUUAUCGUGACAUAAAGGGAGUGCAAUUAUGUUUGACCACGACGGCCGUAGGUUCCCUUGUGAUCCCUGGUGUGGGGAUCUCUCAAUAUACACCCGCAAGGUAGAGAUUGAGGGAUCGGGGGACUGUAACUACCGAGAGGAGUACUUCGCUCGUCGAUAACUCCAGAGGCAUGAUAUCCUUACUAGCUCAGCAUAAAUAAUUGAAGGGACAUGCGUUGACUGUUAAACUAAUCUGAGUUCACUACAAAAAAACGCGGCACAUUGUGACGCUUUUUGGAACAAAUUGCGACGCUCUAAAGUGUCGCUAAUUCACAUAGCGACGCUUUGGGAGAGGGUCGCUAUUUUCAUUGCCGCUAUUUACCGACGCUUUGGAGCGUCACAAUUUGAAAAAUAUCGAUGUAUUUCUUCGUCGCUAUUUGGGAUAUAGGGACUCUAUGGGGAGUCGCAAUAUUUAGAUUGUAUAAAGCGUCACUAUUUGCACGCGUAUGGACACAUUUCUCCGCCACUAUAAACCAUAUAGAGACGCUUUAGACACCCGAAAUAUAUAGAUUCUUAUUGGAGUCACUAUAUGUGUACUUUCGUGUGAGUUCUCUUCAUUCCCUCCAAAAUAAUUUAGACCCUUUGAAGCGUCACAAUUUGCAUCAUAUUAUUUUUCAUAUAUACAUAAUAAUUUAGACACUUUGGAGCGUCACAAUUCGCAUCAUAUUUAUAUAUAUAUAUAAAAUAUAAAAUCAUGAAUUAUCUAUAAAAAUAUAUAUCGACCAUAGAUAAUCAUAAUCAAAUACAAGUAUUAACUAAUUACUACGUACAUUAUCUUAAAUCAAUAUAUAUAAACGUCAUGAUAUGAUUCAUAUAUACUUAGCGAUAACGUAGUUAAUUUAGAAAAAGUGAUAAAAAACAUCUAUACAUUAAAUUAAUUCGCAGAGUCUAGUCAAAUUGAAAUAAAAGCGAUAUUUUAAAACAAAAAUAACUUCUAACUAGCAUUAUCAUUUUUUCUACAAGAUAAUCCAAAACUAAAUAAAAACAACUUCCUAGCUACGAACAAACUAAUUACCAAGUAAACCUAUAUUUAUGCUAGCUUAUCUUCAAGAUAACUUGUUCAUCUCUUGAUCUACAUUACCACUUGAAUCAUCAAUAAUCUGCAAAGAAAAUAUAAUGUCAAAUAUAUAUGAAGUAUGAUGAACAUUCCAUAAAAUCAAAAAUCAACAGUAAUCCUAACCAGCUUCAUCCUAACUACUAGUGGUCUUCUCAAAAUAAUACCAACUAUUAAUCAAGGGAAAAAUGCAUGAC